AGUUGGUUUUGGAGCUUGAGAAGGAAGGAUGUCUGGACGCGGCAAAGGAGGCAAAGGCUUGGGGAAAGGAGGCGCCAAGAGGCACAGGAAGGUCCUUCGGGACAACAUCCAGGGCAUCACCAAGCCCGCCAUUCGCCGCCUGGCUCGUCGCGGGGGAGUGAAGCGCAUUUCGGGGCUCAUCUAUGAGGAAACCCGGGGUGUCCUGAAGGUCUUCCUGGAGAACGUCAUCCGCGAUGCCGUGACUUACACCGAGCACGCCAAGAGGAAGACUGUCACCGCCAUGGACGUGGUUUACGCCCUGAAACGUCAAGGCCGCACUCUUUACGGCUUCGGCGCGAAAUCCGCGCCUGCUCCCAAGAAGGGAUCCAAGAAGGCGAUCACAAAGACCCAGAAGAAGGGAGACAAGAAGCGCAAGAAGAGCAGGAAGGAGAGCUACUCCAUCUAUGUCUACAAGGUGCUGAAGCAGGUCCACCCAGACACCGGCAUCUCCUCCAAGGCCAUGAGCAUCAUGAACUCCUUCGUCAAUGACAUCUUCGAGCGCAUUGCUGGUGAGGCCUCCCGCCUGGCGCACUACAACAAGCGCUCCACCAUCACUUCUCGCGAGAUCCAGACCGCCGUCCGCCUCCUGCUUCCCGGGGAGCUGGCCAAGCACGCCGUCUCGGAGGGCACCAAGGCCGUCACCAAGUACACCAGCUCCAAGGGAGAAUCUACCUUAAUCUUUGGUGUUUCUUUAAUAAGACAUAAAUUCAUAGAAGUACGGGGUGCUGUCAUUAGUAGAGCAGCCAACCUGAACAGAACCCGAACCGAAGGCGGAGGCAACAUUGUGUGGCCGGGUUUUGAGAGGGAAGCAUUUACAGCAGUAGCAGCGACAAUGUCUGGACGCGGCAAAGGAGGCAAAGGCUUGGGGAAAGGAGGCGCCAAGAGGCACAGGAAGGUUCUUCGAGACAACAUCCAGGGCAUCACCAAGCCCGCCAUUCGCCGCCUGGCUCGUCGCGGGGGAGUGAAGCGCAUUUCGGGGCUCAUCUAUGAGGAAACCCGGGGUGUCCUCAAGGUCUUCCUGGAGAACGUGAUCCGCGAUGCCGUGACUUACACCGAGCACGCCAAGAGGAAGACUGUCACCGCCAUGGACGUGGUCUACGCCCUGAAACGUCAAGGCCGCACUCUUUACGGCUUCGGCGGCUAAGGAGUUUCCUUAAAGUCCUUUCUCA